AUGUUGCACUCCACGACGUCUACGGGAUCUUUCGAUAUCGUGAAGUAUUCUAGGUCUUACCCUCCCCCGUCAAUUGCUGGCUCUGAAUCUCAGGCUAGCCAGAGAACACUUGCACCCCAGCCUGACUGGCAGCACUUCUUCAACCCUCUUAUGCGCCUCGUUCUUGAUAUCACAAAAUCUGAGCGUGGUGAAUUGGAGUCUGUCAGGCUCAGGAUUCUCUGGUAUAUGGAUGGUGGCCCUGUGCCCGCCAACGAUGCCAUGGACAUCGACCAGCGCGAUCCUGUCGUCUUUGAGGACUUGGAUCUUCUGUCUUUCUCUUCUCUGCCAUCGUUGGGCGCCACUAUGCACGGUCCCCCUCUUAGAGCGGCCUACCGCGAUUCCGUCGUCAUGAUUCGGUACCUACAUCGUCGUGAGAGCGCAACACCCGCCGGUGCUUUCCGGCGAUUCCAGAUUAACUUUCAGUCCCCGGAUGCAGCAUCGCAGUUCAUCGACGGCAUUCGUGUUGUGUGCCCGUGUAAAGAAAACGGUGCUUCUGCACCUGCCUCUGCGCCUGCUCGUAACUUGAAUCCGACAAUGUCACUGGCUCCGAAGCUAUGCGCUAUUGCACCUCAACCGAGUGCACUCUCAAGAGGACUAUCCACCGACACACCUGACCACGCCCGAAGCUCCUCUAGUUCUGGGCUCUCGGUCACCUCGUUUGGCUUUGGUCGUGAUCCCGCAUCUCGGUUCUCAUCUCUGCCUCUGGAUAGCUCGUCCCAGCUCUCGUCUGCUCUUCCGUCUCCUAACCCCUUGGCCAGGACCAACUCUACCUUGCGCUUGAACUCCGGCGCUAUGGUUCCGCUGGUCUCUGAGGUCAGAAGAAAUAAAGCAAGAGACAUCUCCAGUCUGGUGCAAAGCCUGCAUCCCAGCUCGUCCCUUCCGCCGUCGUCUCCUCCAUCUUCAUCUGCUCCCGGUCAUGACGCAUCGAUGCCUCCGCCACCUGUGCCUGUAGUCUCGUCUGAUUCUAGGGAACGAGCAUCCACAGAGCCCCAGGCAGGUAUCUCGGAAACGCAACGGUCGUUGUUCUUAUCUUCCUUGCGUGAGACGUCUGAACUAUACAAACUCUCGCGUCCAGAGCUGGAGAGCCUUGUCAAUGACGUCGUCAGGCAGCCGGGGUUUGCCCAGAUACUCGAGAGCCUCAAUACGCUGUGGGUAGCGAAAGGAUUUGUUGCCCAUUGA